AUGUUCAAGAUUGCGAUCGCGCACAAUCCCCAGUGGCAUAAGUUCCUUCUGAAAGUCAAUGUCAAGCACGAGAAAAACUUCAUGCAGAAGGUCUAUAACUCGUUUAUUUGGUUGGUGAUCCAAUCCUUCCAUGCACACCCGAAGAAGUACAAAUUGGAGACCUUGACUGGUGCGGUGGUUCAAGAUGCCUGUCGUAGAGGCAGCCAUUGGUCGUUGUACGAGGUCAAAACAGUCCGAGGCGAGGCUGGUAAUUUGUUUCCCACUCGUCGUUCUCGGCAGAGAAGUAGAUCUGAUGGGAAUUGCCAAGUGCUCCCGUCUCCUUCACGCAGUCAAUAUACUGACUUCGAGACUUCAAUGCAAGUGGGAUGCUCUGUCCUCUGCUGGGUUUCGUCCUCGGCGUCUAUCAGACAGCGUCGAACGGCGGAGGCCGCCAAGCCGAUGUACGAAGAAGACUUCAUUAAGGGAACAUAUAGGGUCGAAGGUCCCCUCAAUCUUCGGCGUGGUAUCAUCCAGCAACGUCUGCUUGAUAAACUGCAAUGGAAGUUUCUCUGCUCAUUGACCAAAGACGGAUACGAGCAACUCAUCUACGACGUCCAAUCUAUGCAAAUAUUGCCGUCCAGGUAA